AUGAUUACUAUCAACUACCCGUUUCUCAUGAACCUCUGCGCCGCGCAGAUACUUUUGGUCUUUGGUCUUCUUCUGCUUUAUGUCAUCUAUCAGUGCUUUUUCUCGCCGUUGGCAGGAUUUCCGGGACCUUUCUGGGCUAAGCUGACCAAGCUAUAUCGGGCUUAUAUCUCACUUCGAGGAAAUGCGCAUCGGGACUUUAUUGCCUUGCAUAGAAAAUAUGGUAACAUAGUGAGGGUUGCCCCUAAUGAACUGAGCAUAGCAGACCCAAAAGCCUUUCGAGAGAUAUACAAAGCUGGGAAUAAGUUUCACAAAGCUGCAGCUUAUAACGUCGUCCAAGGCACCCGCUCAUUCGAUCUUGUUGGCCAGCGAAAUGAAAAUAUCCACUCUGAGCAGCGGAGGCUCGUGGCUCGCGCAUAUUCCAUGGACUCUAUGGUUUACCUUGAACCUAAAGUCAAUCUGGUGAUCUCGCAAAUGGUGGAACAGCUCGACAAUAUCAGUGGCCAAACUAUUGAUCUGGGGCUAUGGUUGCAGCUCUUUGCCUUUGACGUUAUUGGGGCGAUCAGUUUUUCAAAACCUUUCGGAUAUGUUAAAGCUGCAGACGAUCAUGGCCUGUUCCUGCGAAUCCAAAACUCUAUGUCAUCUAUCGCGUGGCUUAUGCAUGCAGGCUGGAUCUUCCGACUGCAUCAAACACUUAGCCCUAUUUUCGGGGACUGGCUCGCGGCAGCAGAUCGCAAUGGCCACUUUUUCAAAGUGGCGACCCAGGAAAUCGAAGCUCGAAAGGCCCGCGGUGGCGACAGUAAGGACAUACUGGGGCAGCUCUUCACAGCUCAGGAGGCAAAGCCCCAAUUGACCGACCAGGAUAUCACAUUCAUGAUGACAUCAAACGUUUUUGGCGGCUCGGAUACAACGGCAAUAUCUCUCUGCGCGGUGUUUCAUAUGCUUCUGAAGAACCCGGAUGCGUAUAAUUGCUUGAUGGAUGAAUUCAAAGAGAGGAGAUCCCUGGGGAAGUUGAGCGACCCAGUUACAUUUGAAGAGGCGGAGUCUUGCGAGUAUCUCCAGGCUGUGAUGUAUGAGUCGAUGCGUCUCCACCCGCCGUUUGGGAUGAUCAUGGACCGAGACAUGCCAGCUGGGGGAAUGAAUAUUAGCAAACAUCAUAUUCCUGAAGGAACGGUCGUUGGAACUAUACCCUGGGUUAUCCAUACCCUUCCUGAGAUAUGGGGCUCCGACGCCGAGGAAUUUCGUCCCGAGAGAUGGCUGGACAAGGAGAACCAGAAAUAUUUGAGUGAGUAUCAUACAACACGAUACAUCUUAAUUCAAGAUCCGGGAUACUGA